AAUUGGCUGCAUGUUCGGCAGGUUCACGAGUUCACAAAACAUCGCCAUUUUGGCUUCAGCAAUGGUGUGGAUUUUCUUUCUUUCUUGGGUAAUAUGUUUUUCUCGUAUGCAAGUCCAUGCUGCAGGAGAAGGCAAAAGGCCGCUGAUUUCCAUGAAUGGUCGCAAUUUAUCUGAAAAAGAGCUUAAGUUUGAGGAACAUGCACGAAGGGAACUUAUACCAGGCAGAUCCAGUUUCAUCAGUAUCGACUGUGGCAUAGAAAAUGGUAACGAUUAUACUGACAGCGAAACUGGAAUUAGUUAUACAUCAGAUACGCAAUAUGUUGAGAGCGGAGUAAACAUGAAAAUAUCUGAUUUAUUCUUGUCUCAAACUCAAAAUUAUCAAAAGCUGCUGUCAACUGUUAGAAGUUUUCCUGAAGGAAACAGCAGUUGCUACAGGCUGAAACCAACAGCAAAUGGUGGAGGCAACAAGUACCUGAUUAGAGCAUUCUUCAUGUACGGAAAUUAUGAUUUCAAAAGUCAACCACCACUUUUCAAACUCUACCUUAAUGCAAAUGAAUGGGAUGAAGUAAAACUGGAAAAUGCUUCUCAGAUUCUGAUCAAAGAAGUCAUACAUAAUCCUCCUACAGAUUAUAUACACGUCUGUCUUGUCAAUGUUGGCUCCGGAACACCUAUCAUUUCAGCACUUGAGAUAAGAGAGUUGAACAACACCAUCUACGAAACUAUGUAUGAUGAUUCGCUAAUCCUCUACAGAAGGUUAGAUGAAGGUGCAAGUUCAACGAUUAGCAACAAAUUCCGGAGGUAA